AUGGCUUUUAAGAACUUCUCGUCUAGUGCUGAGUCUGGUCCGCUCCCCUUCAAAUAUGUGCCGAUAGAAGAAGUCGAGAGACUUGAAAAGUACCAGCCUGGUGGAUAUCAUCCUAUCCUGAUAGGAGAUGUUCUUCAUUCCCGAUACCGAGUCGCCCACAAGCUAGGCUACGGAGCCUAUUCAACCACCUGGCUCUGCCGGGAUUCCCAGUCUAAUACAUACGUGGCAGUCAAAGUCGGAACGGCGGAGUCAAACGAUCGAGAGGUUGAUGUCCUGAAUUACCUCAACCACGUCAGAACGGCGGAGUCAAACGAUCGAGAGGCUGAUGUCCUCAAUUGUCUCAACCACUCUUCUCCACUUGAUCACCUAGGGAGUUCGAUGAUACCCUCUAUCAAAGACAGAUUCAUCCUCCAUGGCCCUAAUGGUACCCACCCUUGCUACGUGACAACAUUAGCUAUGUGCAGUGUGUCUAGUGCGAAAGAAGGGUCAUACAAACGCAUCUUUCAGGCCAGCACAGCUCGCUCGCUUAUUGUACAACUCUUACUAGCCGUCCAGUAUAUCCAUAGUAAAGGAGUUGCUCAUGGAGACCUUCAUACCGGCAAUAUUCUUUUAGGUCUCCCAGCCGAUUUCGAUCAGCUCUCAAUUGAGGAGUUAUACGAAAAAUACGGUUCGCCCACGUUAGAGCCAGUCAUUCGUUUUGAUGGGCAGCCCAUUAAGGAGUCCAGUAUUCCAUCUAGCGUCGUCCCUCCGAUCUGGCUUGGAAAAGCUUCAGAGGAAUUCUCCCUUCCAGAAUCUAGAGUCUUACUUAGUGAUUUUGGAGAGGCAUACAGACCCUCUAUAGAGUACCGAUAUAGCUCGCACACUCCUAUAUCCUUUACGCCGCCUGAAGCCCGGUUUGAUCCAGAAUGUGGCCUUUCCUUUUCAGCUGAUAUCUGGACACUCGCCUGUUCGAUAUGGAUAAUACUCGGCCAGCGCCCCUUAUUCGAGGAUAUACUGGCCACGCCGGACGAUAUCACAGCCGAACAGGUUGAUACUCGAGGGAAAUUACCCCUACGGUGGUGGGAGAAAUGGGCAGCGCGCCACAGAUAUUUCGAUGAAAGUGGAAAACCAAAUCAAGGUCGACAGGUGAGGUCUUGGGAAGACCGCUUUGAAAAGCACAUUCAACUCCCACGACAACAGGCUGGAAUCCCCGGUUUUGACGUAGAAGAGAAAGCUGCUAUUAUGAAUAUGUUACGAUCAAUGCUAUGUUUUGAGCCUGAAAAGCGGUUAACUGCGCGGGAUAUUCUAAAAUGCGAGUGGAUGGAGAGAUGGGCAGUACCAGACUUUGAAAAAUCUCACGUUGGGGAGUGCCGGGGCCGUGGAUGA